AUGCGCCCGGGGCUUGAUAAACCAGGCGCACUCCCUCUUCUGGCUCUGAUUGUCUUUUCCCUCCUCACCCUGGUACCAUCUUUGUCAAAUAUCUACAACCUCAAGCUGGCAGAUUUUCCCUUUGCCAGUGGCGCUCGUCAAGUCCCUCUUAUCCAGGAUAAUGUCGACAUUCCCUCCGAUUCACUUCUGAGUGACACUCGCAAGUCAUGGUAUAAACCUGCGCUACCUCAUCCGUGUGGGAAUCGCAUACCGCGAUCGUCAAGAUGGGGUAAUGGGGCAUCGACGAUAUUCAGCGAAACUGCGACCGUUGCAAAUGAGAGCCGCUCAUCCUAUGCUUCGGAAUCUUCUUUCCUAUUCAGCAGAAGAGCUCGCGCAUUCCGCACAUACUUCAUUCAACAGCUAGAUGGCUAUCAACUCUUCACACAUUUUUCCAGUCGUAAUGUCACUGCAAAGACAGCCAGUCUGGACCCAACAAUCACAUCUUCCACUCGCCCCCCUUUACAAACCUCCUACAACAAACAGCCCGAUCAUGCUUCAAAUACUCCGAUCAAAUCAAAUACAUCCACGACAGAGAAAUCAGAACUGCAGGUUCUAUACCAGUACAGUGCGUGGCAGCAGGCCUGCCGAGCUGCAAUUAGCCUAUGGGACAUCGCAAAGGACGCCCCUUAUAUACCUGCAUUAAUCCACGGCUCAAAUUACAUCGAGUCAAUAAUCCACAUGAUACCCCAGUCUCUCAAUCUGUUGAAUACGUCAAUCCCCCCGAGGCCUCUCACCAACGCCUCGAAUUCCACCGCGGUGCAAACCCCCAAGUCCCACAUUGUGCCUGGUGAACAGCAGUCCACCGAUGCCGCAGGGCGGCAUUCCCCUGAACUACAAGGCAGCUGUAUGGCUGUCGUAAUCGGCUUGGUAGCCGGAAUUGUAUGGUUCUAG